AUGUCCGAGUUAAAUCGUAUUUUUGGUGAUUUAAAAGUGUACUAUGUGCCGGAUUUGCAGUGGGUAGAUGUAGAGGAGUGGCUGUAUGGCGAGGAAGCCGAGGAUGAUGUUCUAAUGCAGCGGGCGCAGAAGUUCUGGUCCCUGGCCAUGUGCAAACAGGAUAUUGGGUACCAGGAGUCGCAGCUGCAGUUGCUCCGGGACUUAUCCGGCGUAAUACGCUCCAUGAGGGACGAGAACCAGGCCAGCUAUAGCAACACCCACGACAAUUGGGCCAAUAUCAUCGGGAUUUCCCCAGCAAGCGCGUACCUUUCGUACAUCUAUUCGCUUGUGAGCCUGGCCAUUCCGCCGGAGCACGUGCAGCAGGCUGCUCCGCAGGUUCUGAAUGAAAACCUCAAUCUUCAGCUAUCCCUCAAUGCUGUGAGCACCUAUCUGUUGACCCUAACCAUUCCGGGAGCCAAGAGCUAUGGCAUAUUCGACGAGGAUGUGAUCGAGCAAGUCCUCAAGAUCUUCAAACUGCUGGAACUAAAUGGCAACAAAAGCGUCCGUGCCAACACCAUCUGGAUGUUCUUUCUGACCAUCUGUGAUGAUCUAAAGUUGGUCUUUCGCUAUGUGCACUUCAAGGAGCAUCUGAAACCACGGGACAGGAUCAUUCGCUGCCUCAUGGAGGUGCUCUACAUGAACUUUAAAGUGGGAUAUCAGAAUUCAUGUGCCCCCGCCUUGCACGCCAAAUGCUUUGAUAUUUUUGGGGAAAUAGCCAACGAGCAUAAUGGCGAUGUCUAUGAAACUCUUCAUCUGAUAAUGCGGCAGACAUUUCCCAUGCAUGUUUACACGGAUAGUCCGCAUAGCAUUGGAGCAGGACGUCGGGGAGAAGCGAUGAAGAACGGGGAGCACAUUUCGGAUUGGUUUAUCCAGCUUAUAGAUAAGUACCCCGACAUUCUAAUCCGAAUAUUGCAUUUCUACAUUGAGUGUGUGGUCACCAACCCAAUUAGAGCGUGGAAAAACAAUGAUGAGAAGGUGGCCAUAGGAUAUGCGGCCAAAUACGACAGGAUUCUGUACGCCAAGUGCAAUAAAUCCUGUGCAGACUUUGUCCUCGAUGCUGUGAAGGCAGACGAUGCUGUGGGUAUCCAAACCAGAGCCUUGGAUUUGAUUGAGAAGAUCCUCAUGCAGCAAAGCGAGGUGGAGUGGAGCAUUUUCCGUUACGAUGUGUCCAAAGUGCCAAGGGAAGUGAUCCUUCUAAAGGAGGUAAUGCGAAGCCUCAAUGAUCGAACAUUUACCGUCCGCCGGAAGGCCUGCCAAGUGCUCAUCCUGGCCCUGAAACAAGGCUCCCCCAUGACCACAAAAAUUCUGGACGAGUGUAUUCGAUUCGUUCAGUUCGAGGAUGCGAAUGUGGAGUCACUUAAAGAGCCCUCGGUGGAACAAAACGAGCUGCGUUUCGAGAAGCCCGGCAUCGUUCAGUAUGCCUUCAGCUUCGAGGGUCACGAGGAAUUGGAGGCAGAGGUCAAGAAUGUCCCCCAAACGGUGUACCAGCGAUUUCUGGUCGCAGACAAUGGCUUAGCACGAACUGCUGGCAUAGCUCUGCUCGAAAGAUUGGUGCUGGUCAACCCCCUGAUCAUAUACAAUACGAAUUUCGUGAGGGAAACCUCUUUGUUGGCUGUAGAUCGGUUGGCUUCGGUGAGGAAAUCAGCCCUGGAUACCAUAGAAACUUUGCUGGAGGCGUACUCCAAUUGCUUCGCCUUGAUUUGUGUGUACUGCCGGAUUUGGGCUUGCUUGAUGAGCGAUGUGGAUGCGGCCCUGCAGAAGGUGGCCUUAUUGAGCUUUGAUCGCAUGGUUUUGAAGAACAUUCAGCCCCUUGAGUAUUCAAACGAGGCCAAACACUUUAUGCCCUGGCGAAUCAUCAGUACUCUUCUGAUGACACAACCUAGAUCUUAUUUGCAAGAAAGAUUUUCCGUACUAUUGGAAGGGGAAACUAUUGUGACACCCACACUGGUGAACACCAUAAUCUCGCAUUUGUCCACCUCCAUGGCCACCGAUGCCUGGGGACUGCUGCUGCUCCUGUCCAGCCGCAUCACCAACAAUAUGGACGCACUGAUUGGCAUCUUCAAUGGUCUCUCCUCUUACAACAUGAAGUCCAAUCAAUUUCUGGCCCUGCAGCUCAUCAUUGGCUGCCUGGGGAACUUCUCCAAGCCAGCCUUGAAUCAGUUGUUUCAGAGGCUGCUGAAUGCCCUGCGCACGGGUAGCAUUUGGCUGGGCCUCAUCUCGAGUGCCGUCAAUCUGCUCAACCAGAUCCACCACUUGUCCGCCAGCCAGGAUCCUGCGACGGCUGCCGAGACGCCAGACUGGCAGCUCAGCCUGCUGGGAGAUCUCGCCAGGGGUAUCCUGAGCAGUGCCCAGAACUUCCAGAAUGAACACACACGCCUGCAGUGCCUUUUGGGCGCCUAUACGGAGAUCAUUGUGAUGCUGCCCAUGGAUGUGGACGAACGGAUUUUGAGGAUUGUGAUCGAGUACCUGACGGUAUGCAGCAAACUCAACGAGUCCGAAUUCGAUACGGAUAACGAGCGCAUGACCAACUGGAUGAUUGUGAUAGCAGGUCGUUUGUGUCUGAGGGACUACAAAUUGGCCAAAAACGUGUCCAAGCUGUACAGCACCAUUCUGACCAAAAACGACAGGCCGCAGAUCAUCAACACCACGAUGAUAGCCCUAAACGAUCUGGGCCAGAAGCAUCCCACGAUUCUGGAGAUCAAUUUCCAGGAUAUUGCGUCGAAACUCCAUUCGAAAUUCGCCAUGACCAGAGUGCGCACCUUUCGGUGUGUGAAGGACGUGAUGCUCUCGGGGAACAUCAAGCUAAAGGGUCCCAUUCUCAUAUCCAUGCUGGCUGGUCUGUUGGACGACAGUGCCGAGGUGGCCAGGGAAGCGGACUCCUUCUUCAUUCGCUACAGAAGAUUGUACGACAAAAAGUUGUUUGCUCAUUGCCUCAAAGAGUGUCCUUUCGACCUGAAUGGCCUGGCUUAUUUGAGGGGUGAUAUGCCGAAUGACAACUACAAAUCGCCACUCGAAGGUCCGGAAAUGGCAAAAAGUCGUCGGCUUCUUUACAAUCACAUCGUGGCCUCGGUGGAUGAGUACACGCUCUUGCUUCACUUUGGCCAACUGAAGAAGCUGGCAGACCAUACCAAAAAAAAAGUUUUUGUCAGUACUCCUGGCUCCUUGACCGUGGUUCAGGAUAUCCUCUUCAUCAUGCGUCGCAUUUGCUUUCACACCAAGGGAAACAACAAGGAUACAACCGAUGAGGGUGCGGAGGAGUCGGUGGAGGCCCCUUCUCCACCACCCCGACCAGCAGCAGGCGAGGCACCGGCUCCAACUAGGGAAAGAGGACGAAAGGCACAGUCCUUCGAGGAGCCUCUCAAACAAUUGGAACAAAAUCUCAGAUAUGUGGAGGAAUCUUAUCAACAUCUCAAGUCCGUGAUGAACUCCGAGCUUAGGCACAGUUUUGAAAGCUUCUGCCGAGCUCUGGCGAUGAGAUUUCCAAAACUCAUUGCUUUUGCCCAGCCGGCACAGUUCUGGCAUAAGUAUCGCUCCACAAGAACGCAGAAAGGGGGCAAAAGGAAGCGACGACGCGCGGACGAGGAUGCGGAAGACGAUUCCGAUGAGGAUCAGCAGUUGGAUAGCGACAGUGACAAUGAGAUGCCGCUGGAUCGGCACAAAUCCACGCCAGUUGUGUCGCAUAUGCCCCAAAGGAAAACGAGCUGCGAUAUGCUUGUUACAGAGCUUAUUUUCCAGCCACCAGAUUGGUAG